CUGCACAUGCUCGCACCGUUUUCUUCAUCGGAGAUGUUCUGGCGCCGCUGCUAGUGUUGGGAAUCGAGAUCGAUCAUCAUCGUCUCCUGUCUGCCCAACAACUCGCAAGAACCGUCCAGACAUCUCCGAUCUCCUGCCACCUUGUGAUAUCUUUUAGAUUCACUCCAGUUUGUCAUAGCGUCCUGCCAAAUCGGCCCGUCACCAGGUUUCGUAGUCCAGCGGGGCGCGUCGACACUGGUACGGUCUCUUGCUCUCAGUCGGCUGAGUGAGCCAUGGAGGGGGCCACCGGCAACAGCACCACGCCCCGCGCCGUGCCGCCGCUUCUCGCCGACGUCGAGGUCUCCAACCUGCCCGGCUUCGACGUCACCCCGACGCCGAGCCCGCGCCACCAGGACGCCGCCACACCGACGACGCCGAGCGCGCGCCCGCAGCCCAGCCCCAAGAAGGCGUCCCGCCCCGGGGGGCUGCCGAUGGACCGCGUCACGCGCCGCAGCGAGGUGGUGCUCCCGUCGCUGGAAUCGCCGUUCCAGGCGCCGGGCUACCGCACGAUGCAGCCGGUGUCCAUCAGCCUCCCCGCGUCGCCGACCGGCUUCGGCGCGCCGGCCAUCCCCGCGGGGCUGGGCGGCGGCGCCGGCGGCGACCCGGACGGCCUAAGGCGGCAGGCCAUGGCGAACGCCGCGGCGCGCGGCGAACCUCAGCCGUCGCCGCCUGCCGCGCAGGACAAGCAUGGAGGGAGCGUCCGGUUCGCGCACCAGCCGGACAAGGUGGUGUUCCGGUCGCAGCCCAUCCCUGGCGGGCAGCCCGCGCCCCCCGGCAGCGCCCGGGCGGGCCGCGCCGGCAGCAGGGUCAUGAGCCGGGACAAGCGCUACGACUCGUUCAAGACCUUCUCCGGGAAGCUGGAGCGGCAGCUCACCCACCUGGCCCGCGCGCCGGAGGUGCACGACGACGAGGAGGACGGCGAGGACGACGCCAUCACCACCAGCCGCAGCACGUCCAUGCCCAAGGUGGACCGCUUCUUCGCGGCGCUGGAGGGCCCCGAGCUCGACCAGCUCAAGUCGUCCGAGGAGCUGGUGCUGCCGUCGGACAAGAAGUGGCCGUUCCUGCUCCGGUUCCCCGUGUCGGCGUUCGGCAUGAGCCUGGGCGUGAGCAGCCAGGCGAUCCUGUGGAAGACGAUCGCCACGUCGGCGCCCACCACGUUCCUGCACGUCGGCACCAAGGUGAACCUGGUGCUCUGGUGCAUCUCCGUGGCGCUCAUGUGCGCCAUCACGGCCGUGUACGCGCUCAAGGUCGCCUUCUUCUUCGAGGCUGUGCGGCGCGAGUACUACCACCCGAUCCGCGUCAACUUCUUCUUCGCGCCGUGGAUCGCGUGCCUGUUCCUGGCCAUCGGCGUGCCGCCGUCCGUGGCGACGGAGCUGCCGCGGUGGCUCUGGUACGCGCUGAUGGCGCCCGUGCUGGUCCUGGAGCUGAAGAUCUACGGGCAGUGGAUGUCCGGCGGGCAGCGGCGGCUGUCCAAGGUGGCGAACCCGUCGAACCACCUGUCCGUGGUGGGCAACUUCGUGGGCGCGCUGCUUGGCGCGUCCAUGGGGCUCCGGGAGGGCCCCGUGUUCUUCUUCUCCGUGGGGCUGGCGCACUACAGCGUGCUGUUCGUGACGCUGUACCAGCGCCUCCCCACGAACGAGACGCUGCCCAAGGAGCUCCACCCUGUGUUCUUCCUGUUCGUGGCGGCGCCGAGCGUGGCGUCCAUGGCGUGGGCCAGGAUCACGGGCGAGUUCGGGUACGGGUCCCGGGUGGCCUACUUCAUCGCCAUGUUCCUGUACGCGUCGCUGGCGGUGCGGAUCAACUUCUUCCGCGGGUUCCGCUUCUCGCUGGCGUGGUGGGCCUACACGUUCCCGAUGACCGGCGCCGCCAUCGCGUCGAUCCGGUACUCGACGGAGGUGGACAACACCUUCACCAAGGCGCUGUGCGUGGCGCUGUCCGCGGUGGCCGUGCUGACGGUGACGGCGCUGUUCGCCACCACGCUGGUGCACGCCUUCGUGCUCCGGAACCUCUUCCCCAACGACAUCUCCAUCGCCAUCACGGAGCGCAAGAUGAAGCCCAUCAUUGAGCUGCACGAGAGCCAGGGCGAGGACGGGAGCACCAAGAGCAACGACAUCGAGGCCGGCAGCGCGCAGUGAUGGCCAUGGCCUGAUGGGGCGGCGGCGACGGAGCCGGAGGAGUCGCCGAGCUCCACGCACGCCAUGCGUGGGGGAAUGACGCGACCGAGUUCUUGCAUUAUAUUGCUUGGAUCAUUGCUUGGUGGUUUACAAAGGGAGGAGGAGGAGCUUUUGAUCGAUCCUAUAUGGUUGCAGCUAUUAGUAUAGUAGUACUCAGUAAAACUACAUGUACAAAGUGGAUUGCGUCGUAUGGAUUGGUAAUUGUCGUGGAAAUUAUGCAUGCGAGCGCUAGUGUUGAUUUUA